CGAUCGGACAUCAGUCGCUGCUCAUCGGCACUCAAGGCGUUUUUUUGGAAUUGGUAUCAUCGCACCAAGUGGAUUAGUAGUCAGCAUGAAGGUCUUCGUUUGCAUGUGUGCUCUCUUCACUGUGGCCAACGCUGGCUUCCUGGGACUCCUCGGUGGUGGACUGGGUGGCGGCAGUGGAGGCCUGAGCCUUGGUGGCGGCGGUGGCAACGGAGGCGGCGGCGGCGGCGGCGGUGGUGGUGGCCGCGGCUACGGCGGUCCCGGUCCCAGUGGCCCAGUCCAGGUGGUCAAGGUGAUCCACCAGCAGGGCGGCGGCGGCGGCGGCGGCGUUGGCUACUCCUCCGGCGCUAGCUAUGGCGGCGGCUAUGGCUACGAAGCUCCGCCCCAGGUCUUCAAGGUGAAGGUCAUCUCUGGCGGCGGCGGCGGCGGCGGCGGCGGCGGUGGCUAUGGACCCGCUCCCGGUCCCGCCUAUCUGCCUCCCGUGGGCCCCGCCCCCUCCUCCGUCAAGGUGAUCAAGAUCCUGCAGGAGUCCGCACCCAUUGUGAGCGCCCCGCUGGUGGAGAGCGCCCCUCAGAUCGUCAAGGUGGUGAAUGUGGCAUCUGGACCCGUGGCUGGACCCUCUUUCAUCGGCGGCUCUGCAGCUGGCGGCGGUGCCGUGUCCCAGGUCAUCAAGGUCGUUCACGAGAGCGGUAUCUCGUCGGGUGGUUACGCCGGUGGUUACUCCGGUGGAUACUCUUCGGGUGGAGCCACCAAGGUGGUGCGCGUGAUCCAUGAGCACUCCGCUCCAGCUGUCGCUCCCGCCUAUGCCCCCAUCGAUGUGCCCGCACCAGUGGCUGCUCCAGUGGCUUCUUUCCUGCCUCCUCAGGAGAUCGCUGCUCCCGCUCCGGCUCCUGUUUUUGCUGCUCCCGCUCCAGCUCCAGUUUAUGCCGCUCCUGCUCCCGCCCCAGUGUACUCCGCUCCCGCUCCAGUGUACUCCGCUCCUGCUCCCGCGCCAGUGUACUCCGCUCCUGCUCCCGCUCCAGUGUACUCCGCUCCUGCUCCCGCUCCAGUGUACUCUGCUCCUGCUCCCGCUCCAGUGUACUCUGCUCCCGCUCCAGUUUACUCUGCUCCUGCUCCCGCUCCAGUGUACUCUGCUCCUGCCCCAGCUCCAGUGUACUCUGCUCCUGCUCCUGCUCCAGCUCCAGUCUAUGCCGCCCCAGCACCCGCUCCCGUCCUGAGCGUGCCACAUCCCGCUCCUGCCCCCGUUUUUGCUCCCGAGGAGCAGUCCCUGCCCAUCGGCCACGCCCCUGCCCAGACCUACGGCCCACCGGGGUACUAGAGAGAUUAGCCAUCUAUUGAAGGACCUUCCUGCUAACUACAUCAACAGCAUAUUACCAUUCCUACACAACGCCAUGAGUUUAAUUUAAGACAUUUUUUUUACAACACAUUUUUUUGUUACCAAAUACAUAGACAAUUCCAAAAAGAA